AUGAACGACGCCGUGGAAGCCUUCCGCACCGUGUGUCGGAAGGUGAUGAACUGCUGGACGGCUCUAAACCUUGCCGUUGAAAAUGGUUGGGGUGGAGACUCGUCAGAGCAGAAGAGGGAGGCGCUUAUAUCCCAGCUCAUCGACUUCUGCCUCUCAAAGAAGAAGCUCUACACCGAUGAGGUUGAGGACCUGCUAUUUGACAAGAUGCAGACGCUUUUCAACGUUGAUAUAGAAGACCAAAGUGAGGUCGAGAUUGCAAGAUUGUUGGUCCAGCUGCACAACACGUGCAGUGCGGGCGACUUAACCUUCGCGGUCGAGCUUAACGAGAAGCUGACCAAGUGCAGCACCGAACACUGCAAGGUCAAGGAUGAAGUCGUGGAGGCGUCUAGCGGCGAUUCAGACGAUGAUAUGGAGGGUGAAGACCAGGGCGAUGAGGACGGCCAAGAUGCCGGAGCUGCCAAGGGGGCAGGCACAAAGCCAAGGCAGCGCAAAACCGAAGAACUGGAAGACGGCUGGACCAAGGUACUCUGA